GAUAAAAAAAUUCUAUUGGUACUAGAUGAUAUUUGGAGUGAAAGUUAUGUGGAUUGGGAAAACCUGGUCAGACCAUUUUAUACAUGUGCUCCCGGAAGUAGAAUCAUCUUAACCACACGGAAGGAUCAAUUGCUCAAACAGCUGGUUUACAAUCCUCAAAACAAGCAGUUGCACAGCUUAUCAGAUGAUGAUGCUCUGUCGUUAUUUGCUCGACAUGCAUUAGGUGUAAAUAACUUUGAUUCACAUUUGUCACUCAAACCAUAUGCUGAAGGUAUUGUGAAAAAAUGUGGUGGGUUACCUUUGGCUUUGAUAGCACUUGGUAGAUUGUUGAGAGCCAAAAAGGAUGAUGUAGAUCACUGGAAGGAAGUAUCAAACAGUGAGAUAUGGAAAUUAAAAGAAGGUGGAAUUCUCCCAGCCCUUCGACUAAGCUAUCAUGAUCUUUCUGCAACUUUGAAGCAGUUGUUUGCAUACUGCUCCUUGUUUCCGAAGGAUUUCCUAUUUGACAAGGAGGAACUAGUUUUAUUAUGGAAGGCAGAAGGGUUCUUGCACCAGCCAACUCCAAGCGGUUCAACAGAAGAACACUUGGGUCAUAGAUUCUUUGACGAGUUGUUGUCAAGGUCAUUUUUUCAACAUGCACCUGAUAAUGAAUCAUUGUUUCUGAUGCAUGAUCUCAUGAAUGACUUGGCGACAUCUGUUGCUAACGAGUUUUUUUUAAGGUUAGAUAAUGAGUCGGAGAAGAAUAUUAGGAAGGAGAUGUUGGAAAAGUACCGCCAUAUGUCAUUUGUUCGUGAAGAAUUUGUAGCUUACAAGAAGUUCGAGGCAUUUGAAAGAGCCAAAAGUUUGAGAACAUUCUUGGCAAAGUCUGUUGGGACAGAAGAAAGUCAGAGAGGUUUCUUCUUAUCCAAUAAGAUUCUCACUGACUUGUUUCCUCGGUUACCAUUAUUAAGGGUUCUCAGUUUGAGUGGCUUUUAUAUAAAUGAUGUUCCAGAGUCUAUUGGUACUUUGAGACACUUGAGGUACCUUAAUCUAUCUCGAACCGCAAUUAAACAUUUACCGGAAACUGUUUGUAAACUUUAUAAUUUACAAACAUUAAUCCUAUGUGGUUGUAAUGAAUUAACUGAGUUGCCCAACAACUUCCAAACUCUUGAAAACCUGCAGCAUCUUGAUGUUAGGGAUUCCCCGCUUUUGUUUCAGAUGCUUUUAGGGAUAGGCGAGUUGAAAGGCCUACAUAUUACUCUCUCGAAAAUCAUUAUCGGAAGCGAAAGCGGAUCUGAAGUAGCCAAAAUUAAAGACUUAAAGAAUCUAUGUGGGAAAGUUUCCAUUGUAGGCUUGGAAAAAGUGCAAAAUGCAAUUCAUGCACAUAAAGCGAACUUUUCAGAAAAGAGACUUAGCAAGUUAGCGCUGGAAUGGAGUGAUGAGCUAUAUGACUCACGUAAUGAAAUGCUUGAAAAAGAGGUCCUUAAUGAGCUGAAGCCUUGUGAUGGUACGUUAAUAGAACUCAAAAUCAAGUCAUAUGGGGGAUUAGAGUUUCCAAACUGGGUUGGGGAUCCCUUGUUUCUUCAUUUGAAGCAUGUUGUAAUAAGUGAUUGUAAGAGAUGUACAUCUCUACCGCCACUUGCGCAGCUACCGUCACUUAAGGAGUUGUUUAUUCAAGGCUUAUCUGAGGUGGAAGUUGUGGGUUUUGAGUUAUUUGGUGCAGUUCGCACAUUUCCUUCACUUGAAAUUCUGAGUUUCGCCGAAAUGCGUGGGUGGAAGAAAUGGUUAGGGGGGGUGUUUCCAUGCUUGCAGCAUCUUAUAAUAAACAAUUGUCCUAAUUUGGUUGCAGUCACACUUGAAGCAUUACCUUCAUUGAAUGCUCUGAAUAUGUUUAAUUGUGAUAGUGGUGUGUUGAGAAGCUUGGUUGAAGUAGCUCCAGCAGUCACCAAGUUGGAUAUAAAUGGUAUUUCAGGUCUUAAUAAUGUGGUGUGGAGAGGUGUUAUGGCGUAUCUUGGUGCAGUUGAAGAAUUAGAGAUAUCACACUGUAAAGAAAUAAGUUACCUGGUGAAAUCAGAUGCAGAUGCAAGUAAGUUUCUUGUGAAGCUAAGGAAAUUGGAAGUGAGUAAUUGUGAUAAUUUGGUGAGUUUAGGAGAGAAAGAGGAGGAGGACAAUUGUAAUACCAACCUCCUAACAUCUCUUAAGAUUUUGAGAGUAUGGAAUUGUAACAAUAUGGAGCGUUGCAGUUGUCCAAAUGGCAUUGAGGAGUUGAGUGUCGCUACUUGUAGUUCAGUUUUAGCUGUCUUGUUUCCAAAAGGAGGACAGGAGAAACUCAGGUCACUUGAAAUCUAUAGUUGCGGGAAACUAUUGGAAAGUGAGUGGGGAGGACGAAUGAUGAACAACAACAACAACAGAAGCAACAUGCCAAUGCUUGAACAUGUACAUAUAAGUGAUUGGCCAAAUCUGAAAUUAGUCAAUGAACUGAUAUGCUCGGUUCACCUCACUGAAUUGAUAAUAGAAGAUUGUGAAAGUCUUGAGUCAUUCCCUGAUAAUUUGACAUCGUUAAAGAAGCUGGUACUGAGGAAUUGUCCCAAAUUGGCUGUUUUUCUUCGUGACAAUUUGACAUCGUUGGAGGAAGUAGAAAUAAGAAAUUGUCCAAGAAUAGAUCCUUCUUUUCCUGGUGGGAUCUGGCCUCCCAAUUUGCGUUCCUUAACUAUAGGGAUGUUGAAGAAGCCGUUCUCAGAGUGGGGUUCACAGAAUUUCCCAACCUCACUUGUGGAUCUAUGGUUAUGGGGUGAGGAUGGAGUGACUAGUUGUAGUCAAAUUUCUCAUCUUCUUCCUUCAUCUCUUACUUCUCUUUACAUAAUUGAAUUUAAGAAUUUGGAAUCAGUUUCAAUGGGAAUCCAACACCUCGCCUCCCUCCAGUUUCUCUAUUUUCAGGAUUGUACUAGCAUGAUGGAUCUACCAGAAAUGUCGUUGCCUUCACUCUUGACCUUAAUCAUCGGGAAUUGCCCGAAUCUGAAAGAAAGAUAUAGUAAAGGAGGUAGAUACUGGUCCCUCAUCUCCCAUAUCCCCUAUAUUGACAUAGCAUGAAGAUAAUGCCAAGAGUAUACUGGGGCAGUUGAAGAAUCAAGCAUAGAGUAUUGUAAUGAAACAAGAUACCCGGUGAAAUCUGAUGCAGCAGUAAGUAAGAUUCUGGUGAAGCUGAUAAAAUUGCAAGUGUCUGAAUGUGCAAAUUUGGUCAGUUUAGGAGAGAAAAAUAUAAAAUUGCAAGUGUCUGAAAGUGAAAAUUUGAUAAAAUUGCAAUUUCAGCUUGUAUGAUUCAAAUCUA